CGUGCAAUACGUAUUAGCCGCAACGUUAAUGCAAAGGAAAAUCUACCAAUCACAGUAUGCACAAGUGACCUUCAAGUGCUCAGCCUCUCCAUAAGACAUUUGUGCCACUACACUCUCUCAUGUCGAAAUGGUUCAGAGCUCUUCAUACAAGCCUUUUUUAAUUGGUGUUAGUGGGGGAGCCGCUUCAGGGAAGACAGAAGCAUGUCAAAAAAUAAAAGACGUCUUAUUCAAGAAAGCAAAAGAAAAGAAAGUUGUGGUUCUCACCCUUUCAUCCUUUUAUCGUGAACUUUCUGAUGAAGAGCGUAAAAUGGCGUUAAAUAGUGAAUUCGAUUUCGAUCAUCCCAAUUCAUUUGAUUUCAAAUAUUUGGCCGAGGUUUUAAGAAAAAUCAAACAAAGGGAACCGGUAGUCCUUCAUACCUACGAUUGUUCUGCUUAUUCUAGUACUCCAGAUGUUCAAGAAAUCCCAGAAGAUGUUGAUGUUGUAAUUGUUGAAGGAAUAUUAACAUUCUAUCAAAAGGAAGUUCGAGACUUAUUUCAUCUGAAAAUUUUUGUGGAGUCUGAUGCCGACACUAGACUUUGCAGGAAAGUUUUGAGAGAUGUUUCCACGAAAGGUCGUCGAUUGGAAUCCGUGCUCGAUAGUUACUUUAAGUACGUUAAACCGGCAUUUGAGGAGUUUUGUUUACCUGUAAGUUACUUUUAAACUAUGAAUUUAUUGAAGCUUUCAUCAUUAUCUAGACCAGUCAGCUAGUUCAUAUUUAUUUACAUUGUAUUUUAUCACAUUAACGCAGAUAAUUUCAUUCCAGGCCUUUAGAAUCUUAUAGUGGUAAAACUUCAUUUCUUAAUUUUUUUCGUUGGCGUCUAUUUUUGGUUUCGACGUUAUUUUUUGUUUCUUGGGUAGUUUACAAGGAAAACAAGAUGCUUUAGUUUUACGAAGGUGUUCUGGCUAAUAUCAAGCCAGAUUCUCCCAUAAAACUUCUGCACUAAACACUUGUGGCCUGCUGUUUUAAGUAAUUUUUACUUCUGUGCGCUUAGAGUGGUAUACUGAAAUGAAGUAACUACUAAACCAUUAUUUUAAGUUACUCUUUGACGAUCUGGUCGUGCUGUGUAGAUUUUCUUCUCGGGGAUGAGUCUCCUAUGCGGUUUGAAAGUUCAUUUGUCUACAUUACAUAAAGACUUCGUGUAAUCAUCCAAGUGAAGAAAUGUCAUGGAAAAAAUAGUAUAAUUUUUAUGCUGUUUGACGUAAGUUCUCUUAAGGUAAGUCGUUAAAGAGGAGUUCAGAUCUAAUAACAGUGAGGUAAUAAGUAGUGCUACAUUCUGUCCACUGUACUGAUACAACAUGUGAGUAUCUUUCGAGUAUGUUGCACAACCACAUCAAGUCCGACUUUGAGCUCUACCUCCUGCUAACACAAUCAAUAUUUAUUUCCCCAUGGAAGCUAUUCAGAAAAUUAGUUUCACAGGUGAUCCGGUAGGAGGGCUUCGUCUUCUGUUUCUGAAAGCGUUAUUGAAGGUAUAAGUCUCCAAAGGGAUCUCUAUGAAGAAAGCACCAUUGGAAAAUUGAUUCAAUAAAAACUGUCGUACUACAUAAUAUCAUCUACUGAUCUUUAUAUCCACUACUUUCUGUUUCUUAUAUUGACAUGGAGUAUGUGAGCUUUGUCAGGUUAGGCUCCCGUAGAGGUUUUUUUGUUUAUACUUCAGAGGAACAUUUAUCGUUACUAUACUACAGGGGGAGUGAUCAUAGGGUUCGAUAUGCUAGAAAUCUUGUUCUUUUAUCUUAAAGUUUUACAAAUGUUAUUGUUGGCAUCAACAUUGCUACUAUUAUUGUCGAGCUUAUUUACACUAAGGAGAACAAAAAGAGGCAAAACGCGGUCAUUACAACCAAUGUAGCAUCUGUGUAGUAACUUUUCAUCUUCCUGUUAGGUAUACGUAGGUACAUCAUAUUUGAAAUGCCUUAGAACAAGGAUAUGUCAGUUGGAAACAGUCACUCAUGUUUGCUGUCAUAUAAUAAUAUAUUAUUUUAUUGUCCCUUGGGUUCCGAGUGGAACAUAGGCUUCAACAACACAUCUCCACUUUGUUCUAUUUUCUGGCGUCCUCUUCAGCUGGGUUCACGAUUGUCCAUAGUCUCUCAUCUCUUCUUCGCACUAUCUCCUCCAUGUCACCCUAGGACGACCCACUCGUCGCUUCCCAGUUGGAUUCCACUCGAGGGCCUGACGCGCGAUAUAUAUAUAUAUAUCCUGUGAUUUCAACAUCAAACGGUGAAACAUAGCCUGUUCAUAUGUCUGGUGUACAAGUAAAUUAUCCAAUUCAAUUAUUUAGAUUUUCGCCCGUUUGUAAUGUGUAUCUAAUAUGUGGUAGUGUUCUUGUCAGAAAAAGUAACGGUUACUAUUUCAUUUCCACUACUUUUGCAGUCAGUGUAACGAUAAACUAGGCCUUCCAACACAGUAAAUUCGAUAUUAUAGUUUGCCUUUAAAAACUUAUGAAACUUGACUUCCUUUAACCAAUUAAUGUGGUUUAACUAGCUAUUCAGGUUGAAAACAAUAAUAUCUUUACAAUGACGCACCUGUUAAUGAAGCGGUUGAUGGAAUUAGGAGAUAAGAUUGAUGCGCAAAAGUGUACCCAGCUCUUAAAGCAACAAUUAUUCGAACAAAAUACAAAAAACUCACCACAGUUUUGCUACUACCUUAAGUUUUUUUAUUGUUAAAUAAUUAGUCAUGUGCGUAUAAUGUAAGAAAACUUGAGUCGCGUUUAUUAAUCUAGUAAAAAACUGAUAUCUAGGUAACUUUAAACAAUGUAUAUCUUUUAUGAGUAACUUGUUUUUAACAAGUGUAUUUUUUUAAAAAUACUUUUGUUCAGACUAAGAAGUACGCUGAUGUGAUUCUACCUCGGGCUCCGGAUAAU